GAAAAAACCAGAAAAAAAAAAAUACCACGCCGGCAAGCCACGCCGCUAGUCUCCCCCGCGAGUUCCCCAUCCGCACCUCCGGCCACCGCCAUGUACCGCCGCCGCGCGCUCGCCUUCGCCCGGCGCCGCCGCCGCUGGCUCCUCUGGGCGGGCGCCGCCGCGGGGUGCUACCUGAUCUACCGGCACCCGGCCGUGGCGGCCCGGCGCCGCCGCCUCGCGCGUCUCGCCUCCGCGCUGGCCUCCCUCGCGGACGCCGCCGCCGCCGUGGCGUCCGACCUCGCGGCCUUCCUCCGCUCCGACUCCGACGCGGUCCCGCAGACCCUCAAGCAGGUAUCCAAGCUCGCCGCCUCUCCCGAGGCGUCCGCGUCCGUGUCGGCGCUGUCCGGGGCCGUCGCCGCCGGCGUGCUGCGCGGAUACUACGCCGCAGCGCCGGGGUCCGGAGCUGCCCCUGGAACCGAAGUCUCGAUCUCGGACCGCGUGCUGGAUAGGGUGCUCUCCCCCGACGGGGAGCGCCUCGCGUCCGCCGUCGCCGGCAGCUUUGGGAGCCACCUAGUGCUCGCCUUCUACUCAGCCCCGCCACAGCCUUCCGCGACGGACGCAUCGUCGGCGAGCUGGGUCGAUGCCCUUACCACACCGAGGGGCCAGAGGGCGAUCCGCAGCUGGGUCGAGGUCUUCACGGCCACUGCCGUCGGCGUCUUCAUUGACAAGACCAUCCACAUCAACACCUACGACCAGCUCUUCGCUGCCGCCACCAACCCUGAUUACGGCGCCAGGCUGCAAGAGCUUUUCAUAGCGCUCUGCAGUACCUCAGUCGAGACACUGGUCAAGACCUCACAUGGCGUCCUGUCCAGUACCAGCCGAAAUGCCAGUGGCACUGGCAGCUCUGUUUCCAGCAGCAGCAGCAAUGGUGGGGCUGGUGAAGGGUGGAUGGAGACGGUGUCAAGUGCGCUGGCGGUGCCAAGCAACCGCAAACUUGUUCUGGAUUUGACAGGCAGGGCGACAUUUGAGGCAGUGCAGUCGUUCCUGGAGUUUGUGCUGUGGAAACUGCACGCUGGUGCAAGAGCUGGAGGUUGCACAGACAAAGUAACAUACCACUACCAGAGCUUGUAUCAUCUUUGUUUGCAAAUCAGAUUUUUGGGGGUGGGAUUGGGAAUGUGUACCUCCUCCGGAGAGCCUUCUUCUCUGGGAUGCUGGGCUCCUUCUCCUUGUCUGGUACAUUCAGAACUUUCAGGGCGACGGUUAGAAAAAACUACCGUACAAUCAGCAUUCCCAUGUCAAAUUUGGAGUGCCUCUGGAUAUCCCAGUUUCAGGUGGGAACGCAGACCUUGCAUGAAAUUCUCCGCCUAUUUUCUCACAUUUUAAGUCAAGAUUAAGACCUCCCAUCAGAUCUGUACUGUUAGAAGAGGCUACAGGCUGCCUCUUCUGCGUCCAUACACUUAUAUGAUCAUCAUCAAAGGGAGGCUCUUCUGUAGCAUGCAGACUGCGAUGAUCCACGUCAGUUAGUGUGCUGGUCAGAGCCUCAGAGGGAUGGAAGGUGCAGACUAGACUGCAGCAAUCCACGUCAGUCAGUGUGCUGGUCAGAGCCUCAGAGGGAGGGAAGAUGCAUACACAGGCAGGUCGUGAUCAAGCUCCCAUCUGUGUGCACUCCUCAAUAGGUCAUGAAAGAGAGGUGCUGUUCUGGAAGAAAAAGCGCAAGCUGCUUCCAUGGCUGCAUGGCAGAUGGCACGCACGAAUUGGAGGUCAACUCUCUCAUCGCCAUCACGGCAUCACCCCAGUUAAUCUGAUGGCUGACAGCUCCAUAUACCAUAUUAUCUCAUCAUGCAUACAGAUAGAUAAUAGUUGCAGCCUCAUCUGUUGCACACAAGAUGGUACACGUCAGCGUCGGUCUGCUGACUGCUGGAGAAGGACAUGUCCAAUCCAGGUGAGGACACGAGUGGCUGUUUGCUUUAGUCAGCUGCUUAGCCAGUAAGCAUUGUAUUAAGAGAUGGUGUAGUGGAUAAAGUAAUGAGGAGAACGGCAUCUUUCAGGUGUUCUAGAGAUAUGCCAUGCUUAUCUUCUGCAUGACGGCACGAGUGCAGAGCAAUCCAUGGGCAGGUAUGGUGGUGUCGUCAACUUCGUGCAUGCAUAUACAAUAGUACUGCUGAUCUGACCCUCUCCUGGAUGCCUAUACAGUAUGUAGCAGCAAGGUCAAUGGCUUGCUCUGUCACGGUGUCAUAAGAUUCCGACCAAAUCUUGUGGCUGUUGUUUGACCUGUUGCAUCUGUCACAAGUCAUCCCUGGACAUGCCAGAUCAGGCAUCCGGAAUAUGUAGAACUGCUGAUGGAUGCAUCAGCAGGUCUUUUACUUGCUGUACAGUGUAUUGGAGUAUGUAUAUUUUAAACCGUAUAAUGAUGCCAUGACUCAUAGAAUGGUGAUCUGGAUGUAUAUUUUAAGUUGCAAAGUUGAAACAUAGAAUGGUGAUCUAUACAAUCAAUUUCCAUUUCCUACCCUAUGUAUUUGAGAUAGGCUUGUAUAUGAGAACUUUGGAAAUUGGUGGAAUGUCAAACUCUAAGCCAAAUAGCCUAAUUUAUUAAAUAGAUUUCAAUUCCUCCAAAUGAAAGGAACCAAACAGCCCCUAAGAGAAGUCUCUGUUUGAAUUUUUGGAAGGUUCCAUAUGAGGUUCUGCUACUGUGGUGUUCAUAUCAUAUUUCUAACUUUGCUGCUGGGUCCACCAGGAAUUAGGUACAUUAAGAACUUUCAGUGCAAGGGUUAGAAAAAACUGCCAUACAAUCAGCAUCGCAUGUCAAAUUUGGAGUGCCUCUACAUAUCCCAGUCCCAGGUGUGAACGCAGGCUUUGCACGGAAUUGUCCGCCUAUUUUCUCACGUUUUAAGUCAAGAUCAGGCCUUCUCCCACCAGAUGUGUACGGGUACAGGAGGCUGCAGUGAUCCACGUCAGUUAGUGUGCUGGUCAGAGCCUAAGAGGCACCGAAGAUGCAGACUAGACUGCAGCGAUCCACGUCAGUUCAGUGUGCUGGUCAGAGCCUCUGAGGGAGGGAAGAUGCACACGCAGGCAGGUCGUGAUCAAGCUCCUAUCUGCGUGCACUCCUCAACAGGUCAUGAAAGAGAGGUGCAGUUCUGGAAGAAAAAGUGCAACCUGCCAUGGCUGCAUGGCAGAUGGCACGCAUGGAUUGGCGGUCAACUCUCUCGUCUCCAUCACCCCAGUUAAUAUGAUACCUGAUGGCUCCAUAUGCGAUAUUAUCUCGUCAUGCAUACAGAUAAUAGUCGGAGGCUCAUCUGUCGCCGCUAAUCUAGAAGAACCAAGUCUGUACGCGUCAGCAUCCGUCGGCCCGCUGACUGCUGGAGAAGGGCAUGGUCCAGGUGAGGACACGAGCGGCUGUUUGCUUCAGUCAGCUGCUUAGUCUAUAAGCAUCGUAUAUUGUAUUUAGAAGAGAUGGUAUUAGUGGAUAAAAGUAAUUAGGAGAAGGGCAUCCGUCAGGUGUUCUAGAGAUAUGCCAUGCUCAUCUUCUUCAGAAGUGCAUAACAAUCCAUCGGUGGGUACGUACGGUGCCGUCAACUUCGUGCAUCUACAAAACUGCUGGUCUGACCCUCUCCGGGAUAUAAAUAUAGAGAGAGAGUAUAUAAUAUAGCAGCAAGGUCAAUGGCUCGGUUUGUCACGGUGUCUGAUAAGUUGGGACAGAAUCUUGUGGCUGUUGUUUGACCUGUUGCAUCUGUCAGCAAGUCAUCGCCGGACAGGGCAGCAGAUCAGGCGUCCGGAAUAUGUGUGUUGCCGAUGGAUGCAUCAGCAGGUUUUGUAUUUAUAUCUUGAACCGUAUAAUGAUGAUGGCAUGCCUCUGUGGGCUGGAGAUUUGUAUUUGCUGCAGUGUGUAAGUGGAUUUUAUUUCCUUUUAUAUUAAUUAAUAGAAAGCCAGGAAAGAAGUUUACGAUCGGUUCA